UUCCCAGAUAAGAAGGGUCUGAAGGACUUCCCUUGGGCGUGAGGGAAGUCAGGCGCGCCGUCCGGGGAAGAGGACCAGGAAACUGCUUCUUGUUUUCCCAGCAGCAGCAGCAGCCCCAGGCUCUCAGGACAGCUUUGGGAGGCCGCGGAAGUCGCGGGCCGGCGGGCACCGGGCAGCGGUGGGGCUGGACUGGGCUCGGAGCGGCCAGCCGGCCGCAGCCCCGGCCCUGAGUCCUGCUCGGCUCUCCCGUCACAGGGUGUGAGGCUCUUCUUGGAGACCACAGGACAAAUGGCCUCACCGCGGGAACCUGGACGCUUUUAGGCGGCUGGCCAGGGCAGGCGCCGGCCUGGGACUGCGGUGCUCGGCAGGCAAAGCCACUCAAACUUGAAGAAAUGAAAUCCCCAAGGAGAACCACUUUGUGCUUCAUGAUUAUGGUGAUUCAUUCUUCCCAGGCUACACUGAACUUGAAUUUAGAGUCUGUUGUUCAUCCUUUGAUUCUCCGUGAGCACGGACUAGCAGAGGAGGACCCACUGAGGCAAAAACGAGCGGUUGCUACGAAUAGUGCAGCAGCUGAAGAGUAUACUGUUGAUAUUGAAAUCGGCUUUGAAAAUGCCUCCUUCCUGGAGCCUACGAAAGCUUACUUGAACAGCCUCAGUUUUCCUCUUCAAGGGAAUAGCGCUGGCCAAGCCACUCACAUUUUGAGCAUAGCAGUGACAACAGUCUGCAGACCCAGUGGAAAUGAAAUCUGGUGCUCUUGUGAGACAGGCUAUAAAUGGCCUCAGGAAAAGUGCCUUCACAGUAUCACUUGUCAAGAGCAUGAUAGCUCCCUGACAGGGCAUCGUUGCAGUUGCCUUAAAGGACUGCCUUCAAAGGGACCUUUUUGCCAGCUCCAAGGAGCAGAUGUUACCCUGAGAAUGUCAGUCAGACUUGAUGUGGGCUUUCAAGAAGAGCUCAGGAACUCUUCCUCUGCCCUCUAUAGGUCCUACAAGACUGACUUGGAAACAGCGUUCCGAAAAGGUUACAGUAUUUUACCAGGCUUCAAAUUGGUGACUGUGACAGAGUUCAGGCCCGGAAGUGUGGUUGUGGACUAUGAGAUCAAGACUAUGACACCAUCGCUUGAAUUAAUGCAUAGAGCGAAUGAGCAAGUGGUAAAGAACCUCAAUCACACCUACAAAGUGGAUGACAAUUCCUUUCACGUAGUUAAUAAUAAUGAAACUAAGUUGUCUGUUGUGCCAAAAACCAUCCUGGAAGGGGACACGGUAACUGUGGUAUGUGAAAAUGAAAUUUUGUCCUCCAACGUGUCCUGGUAUGAUGUCAAAACGGGCUCCAAAAUCCAGAAUAGCAGCAGAUUCUCAAUUAACACCUCCGUGCUCAACAACAUGACGUCAGUGUCGCACCUCAUCAUUUACAACGUCACUCGGGGUGAUGCAGGUGAAUAUAUCUGCAAGCUGACACUAGAUAUUUUUGAAUACUGGGCCAAAAUAAAAAUAGAUGUUAAACCCAUCCAAAUCUUGGCAAGUGAAAAAACAAAGGUGAUGUGUGACAACAAUCCUGUGUUUUUGAACUGCUGCAGUGAGUCUAAUGCUAAUUGGAGUGCAAUAGAAUGGAAGCAGGAGGGGAAAAUAAGCAUCCAAGGAAACACUGAAACAGACAUGGGUUCCAGCUGCAGCAGAUACACCCUCAAGGCCGAUGGAACUCAGUGUCCCAGCGGGUCGGCGGGAACCACAGUCACCUACACGUGUGAGUUCAUCAGCACCCACGGAGCCAGAGGCAGUAGGAACAUAGAAGUGACGUUCACCUCUGUGGGAGAUAAUCCCAGCCACAAAGGGGGAGUGCACGAGUUCCUAAGGCAUGUGAUGGAAAUGAGUACAGUUCAGAGCACCACCGGGAACAGCCUAGAAACAAGUAAAGCCCAGGAACAGCAAGCCAACCUAACAAUAACCCCGGACCCAAUUUCUGUUUCUGAGGGGCAAAACUUUUCUAUAAAAUGCAGCAGUGAUGUGAGUAACUAUGAUGAGGUGUACUGGAACACUUCUGCUGGAAUUAAAAUAUACCAAAGGUUUUAUACUGCGAGGAGAUAUCCUGAUAAAGCUGAGUCCGUGUUGACAGUGAAGACCGCGACCAGGGAGUGGAAUGGAACCUAUCGCUGCAUAUUUAGAUAUAAGAGUUCAUACAGUGUUGUGACCAAAGAUGUCACCGUUCACCCGCUGCCGUUAGAGACGAACAUCGUGGUGGAUCCUUUGGAAGCUACGGUGUCAUGCAAAGGUUCCCAUCGCUUCCAGUGCUGCAUAGAGGAGGAUGAAGACUACAGAGUCACUUUCCAGAUGGAUUCUAUCACCUUUCCUGCUGCAAAAGAAGUUAAUGGAAAGCAAGUGUGCUACACAUACAACUUCAAGGCAAGCUCGGUUCCCUGGUGUUCACAGAAGGUUGACGUGUUUUGUCGCUUUACCAACACUGCUAAUAAUUCAGUCCAGAGCCCAUCUAUGAAGGUUCAUCUGGUUCCUGAGGAGAACAUCGCAUGCCAAGAUCCCAUAAUUGGUGCCGGGGAGCCUGAGAAGGUCGUCCAGAAGCUCUGCCAGUUCUCAGACAUUCCCAGCAGCCCUGCAGGUCCCACUGGCGGGAUCCUAACUUACAAAUGUGUAGGCUCCCAGUGGAAGGUGAAGAGAAAUGACUGCAUCUUUGCCCCAAUAAAUAGUCUGCUCCAGCUGGCCAAGGCUUUGAUCAAGAGCCCCUCUCAGGACCAGAAGCUCCCUAAAUACCUAAAGAAUCUUUCUAUUAGCACAGGCAAGGUGCAAAAUGAAGUCAAAUCAUCUCCUGGGAGCCUAGGGGCCAUUAUUAGCAUCCUUGAUCUACUCUCAACCGUUCCUAACCAAGUGAAUUCAGACAUGAUGAAGCACGUCCUGUCCACGGUUAACAUCAUCCUCAGCAAGCCCAUCUUGAAUACCUGGAAGGUAUUCCAACAGCAACGGACCAAUCAGAGCUCACAGCUGCUGGAUUCAGUAGAAAGAUUUUCCCGAGCGUUCCAGUCGGAAGGUAAUGCCAUUUCGUCCGUCCUCCACCCACACGUGCAGAUGAAGAGCAUGGUCGUAAAAUCUGGCCAUCCAAACAUCUACGAACAGAGCUUUGUUUUCUCAGACUCUGACCUCCGGGGCAGUGUGGUUAUUGACACGUGCCAACUGGAACACCUGCAGCCAGGAUUGUCCGUUGUCACCAUGGCUUUCCCGACUAUCAAAACCAUUCUUGCCCAGGAUGCUCUGGGAAAGAAUUUCGCAGACAGCUUAGUGAUGACAACCACUGUCCGCCACAAUAUAACCACGCCCUUCAGGAUCUCAAUGACUUUUGGGAACAGCAACCUUCUAAACAGGAAACUACAGUGUGUCUUCUGGAACUUUGACCUUGCCAACCGCACCGGGGGGUGGGACAGCAGUGGGUGCUACGUUACGAAGCACUAUGAGAACAGCGUCUCCUGCAGCUGUGACCACCUCACGUCGUUCUCCAUCCUCAUGUCCCCUGACUCCCCAGACCCUGGUUCUCUCCUGAAAAUACUGCUGGAUAUCAUUUCCUACAUUGGGUUGUGCUUUUCCAUCUUGAGCUUAGCAGCCUGCCUAGUUGUGGAAGCUGUGGUAUGGAAGUCAGUGACCAAGAAUCGGACUUCCUAUAUGCGUCACAUCUGCAUAGUGAACAUUGCUGCCUCCCUUCUUGUUGCUGACAUCUGGUUCAUUGUGGCCACCGCCAUCCACGACUAUUACUACCCACUCAACGAGACAGCCUGCGUGGCUGCCACUUUCUUUAUCCACUUUUUCUACCUUAGCGUUUUUUUCUGGAUGCUGACUCUGGGCCUCAUGCUCUUGUACCGCCUGGUUUUCAUCCUGCACGACACCAGCAAGUCCAUUCAGAAGACCAUUGCGUUUUCCCUUGGCUAUGGCUGCCCUCUCGUCAUCUCUGUCAUCACGGUGGCCGCCACCCAGCCCCAGGAAGUCUACAUGAGGAAGAACGCCUGUUGGCUCAACUGGGAGGACACCAAGGCCCUGCUGGCCUUUGUCAUCCCAGCGCUGAUCAUCGUGGUGGUGAACGUGACCACCACGGUCGUGGUCAUCACCAAGAUCCUGAGACCCUCCAUAGGAGACAAGCCGAGCAAGCAGGAGAAGAACAGUCUGUUUCAGAUCAGCAAGAGCAUUGGGGUCCUCACGCCACUCUUGGGGCUCACCUGGGGUUUUGGUCUUGCCACUGUGUUCCAGGGAAACAAUGCUGUGUUCCAUAUUGUAUUUACCCUCCUCAAUGCCUUCCAGGGAUUAUUCAUUUUACUCUUUGGAUGCCUUUGGGAUCAGAAGGUACAGGAAGCCUUGCUAAACAAGUUUUCACUAUCAAGAUGGUCUUCACAGCACUCAAAGUCAACAUCUCUAGGUUCAUCUACUCCUGUAUUUUCUAUGAGUUCUCCAAUAUCAAGAAGAUUCAACAAUUUGUUUGGUAAAACAGGAACAUACAACGUUUCCACACCAGAAACAACCAGUUCAUCCUUUGAAAACACAUCCAGUGCUUAUUCAUUGCUCAACUAAGAACUGGAAAAUCCAACCCACGUGAACUCUUGGGGAACAGUGGGAGUGCUCUGGAAAAGAGAUCCCUUCAAAGCCAUGGAUAAAAUGCUUUCUCUGCAGGCUUCUGGGAGCAGAUGCUGAAGAGACUUUUUCAUCAAGGGAAGAGGCUUUCUUUUGUAAAGACAGACUAAAAGAAAUUGUUAAGUUUAUUUUGCUGUCCCACCCCCACCCCUUGUGUGAUACCAAAUGUGUAUAGUAUUUAAGUGAAACAAUACAAAUAAGUCCCCCAAAGCCCACCUUCUCUGUCUAUAUUGUAAAAUAGAAUUUUGAAGAGACAUUUUCACUUUUCACACUUGGGGCACAAAGAUAAGUUUUGAUUAAAAUAAUAAGGAAAAGGCUAGGACCUAGGAAAUUCUUCAGUGAAUUCUAGGAAGGAAAGAAGGAAGGAAGGAAACUUGAAGAAAAAAAAUGAGGAAACAGCAUUAAGUAAGGACAACACUUUAAGAUUUCUAUAUUAACAACCUAAUACAAUGACCCGGAUACUGAAACACUGAGAAUUCAAAAGUGGCUCAACAAUGGGAAUUGGAAGUAAGCCCUGGGGAAAGUUUGGUAUCUUCCUAGUAUUUUCUUAGCUAAGAAAGAAAAAUACAAAGGCAGUGGGGAAAAAUAGGGAGAGAAUUAUAUCAUCAGGAUGCUUCCAAGUGGUUAAAAUAUUUCUAAGAAAUGUGUGGAAGAAGACAUGAUUCUCUUGAGGCUAAACACAUACAUAUAUACUCUGCAUGUUAAGAUUUGAGCUAAGUGGAAUGAAUAUGCAGAGGAAUUAUCAUGACCAUGCAUUAGCAGAUCCAAGCAGAUCCAACUGCUGAUUACAAUUUUUAUAGUUUAUCAGAACUCCUUAUGUUUUGAUUUGUUCCACUUGCUGAAAGCAAAAAACACUUUAUUUUUGUAUCCAUUAAUUGCACUGAAAAUAGACCCCAACUGUCAUGUAUCAUAUUUAACAGCUUUAACCAGGUACUUCUCUGUGCACCAUAGAAUAGAUUUUAAUAACCUGAUAGCACUGUAUAUCAUUUUUGUUGUUCCUGUGGAGUUAGUGGCCUUUGGUGUGCUGUAUAGCUCUCUCUGUAAUAGCUCUUUCAUUCCAUAUUUCCCAGACCAAUAUACAUUAAGAGUUUUGUGCUGCCUACUUUGUGUUUAUUCCAACCAUGUGGAAAUCUUCUGGAAAAAAGUGUUACAGAUGGCUAGUCUAUGCUUCUAGUGACACUUUACCUUGAUGAACAGAGAGUGGCAUUUUCCCCAAGGGUUUGGUUGUUUGUGAAUUAUGUGUACGUGGGUGUUUUGCAUGUGUGUGCCUUUCAUAAAAAUACAAAUAUUUAUUAAAUUUGCAUCCAUGUUAAUGUUAACCAUAUGCUGUAGCUAAAGCACCCACACAUUCCAAAUCAAAGCCUGAUCCUAGGGAGGCAAUGAGACAGAAUAAAAACAUGGGGUUACUCAGGAAAUGUGGUUCAUGUGGUCUUCGUAAGGACUGAGAACUAAAAUGGGCCCGACCCUGAGGAAGGUAGGAUAACAGAGGCUGAGAUUCAGCAACCACUCAUAUAUUGAGGUUCAAAAGAGUUUCCUUUUACUAUUUUAGCUCUUAAGAAUCUCUUCCUUUUAUUUUUCAUUUCAAAUUCCACUUCUGACUUUCUUUUCUUCAUGGGGAGGGGGAGGAGACAGAUAGAAAUCCUAAUAUUGCUGCAAGCAAAUGAACUCUUUAUUUCUACAUAUUUCCAAAUGGUGUAGCCAUCUACUCCCGUGCUUGCCUGAAAACUGUCACAUCACUUUCCUGACUGAAUCGUUUGUCCCCAGAAUAAAUGGCUGUGAGGCUCUAAAAGUCCCCAGGGUGUGAUCAACUUGGGGCCGGGCUCAGAGCCGAGAAGACAAAGCCAGAAGUUAGGUCGGAGGAUCAGCUGAAUUAGAAUCAGGCUUUGACUGCUCUGGUGGUCCCUGGAGUUAUCUCAGGGGUGACUGAGGCAGGGUUAUGUAGUACAGGGUCAGCAUGGCCAUUGGGACAUGAUCAGCCAGGGAAAGCACAGCCCUAAGGAGGAGUUCAAAGACACAAGACCCAGUGCGACAAGAAACACCUUCCACCCACCGCAGGAGGGAUCCCUCGGGAAUCGCUGUGUGUGCUGUUGUAAAGGGAACCUCCAUAAUGGCAGGAACCUUCUGAGGAGAUCCACACGAUGUGGAUCUGGCUCUCUGCCCACAUUCAUUAACUUGAGGCACGUUCCCUCACCCCCAGCCCUCACACCCAUGCACACACGUGCACACACACACACACACAGAAGCAUGGACAUACCUCUCACCUUUCAAGCUCCAGCUCCAGAUCCAAUUCUGGAAAAGCCAUGAAAACAAUCAGUUGGAGAAAUUCUGGCUGAUUUUCUGCUCAACUGCAGGAUACAUAGUCCAGCCACUGCUCUUUGCCAAGAGUAUCCCAGAGUAGGCCAUAAAGUGCAAAAUUGUAAAACAGAACAAUAGUUUAUGAAACUACAAGCUAUAUGAGGGCCAGAGCCCUGCCUGGCCCUAGGUUUGCCAGUUCUCAGUCAGCCGUGAUCAGAAUGUUUUAGCAGCAGAUUCCUGAGGGAAGGAGGGGGAAGGAGGAACACUGGCUCUGAUGCUGGUGCAAAGUGAGAUGUGCUGUCUGUUUUGUUUGUAAGGAGCUGCCCCAUGUUCUUAACAUCUCACAAUGUGUACAGUCAGUUCCAUGAGCCAAAACUUUCUUAUAUUAAUGGACCUCCUAUUAGGUUUCUUGCAAAAGGAUCCAUGCUAAUGCUCCAGAAGUUGUGAGGUUGGAGCAUUUGCAAAUGAGCAAUUCAUAUAAACUGCAGAAGGAUUUUCUGGGAAUAUCAUGAGUCCAGUGUUAACACACAUCUCUUGAAUGAGGCAUGUAUCUUUCAUCCUCCUCCCCAUUUUCUUAUUGUUUAUACAGAGAAAGAGGUAUGGGAUUUUGAAGGGUUUUCAGGAUAGAGUUUGCUGAGGCCAGACAUUCAGAAAUGCUGUGUGAAGUCAGCCUUCUGUGGUUUGUGUGAGAACUUCAGAGAAGUCAGUGUCAGAAGGUUAAGAGGAACACUUACAUGGAGCUGAGAAAGAUUAUAGCAAUGAGUAAGUGCACAAGCAGGGGAGGGAGUUGAGAUGAGUGGAACUGAAAGUCACACCAUUUGAGAAGACAAAAGGAAGUGAAUAUGGUCAUAGAGUAGAAAUGCCACGUAAGUGGACUUCAUUUUAUUUGUGGCAUGCGAAGGCGAUGUCAAAUGGAGCCUCUGUAUCCCAGAGAGAAAAUCAGUGAACAUCUUAGGCCAACAGAAGUCUGAGUCCCUGAGUGUCCAAAUAAAGGAGGGGCUUAUUCAGGUAUAUCUUUCUAAUUUAAUUUUUAAAUGUCAGUGAAAAUAGUGUCUCAUUAUUUCAAAGAUGUUGGCUUUGAAAUGGGAUGCUGUAAGUUUCUAAAAGCAUAAUGUGGGAUUUUAAAUCCUAUCUUAAUAGUGUGCCAGCAUAUCACUAUGUGUCCUUUCUUUGAUAAUAACAAUAAAAUAUCUAAGAAGAUCUCAGGGAGCUUUCUUUAUAUAAAUUCUCUGCUCUUUUGCAAUAGGCUGCUGCUGCUGUUUCAGGCUUUGCCAUGUCAACCAGAAUUUAACUCUAAUCUCCAAACAGUGAAUGAUUGCUCCCAUCCCCUCGGCAUGGGAAGGUGGGAUGGGCUGCAGGGUUCCAGAAGCUCCUCUCUGAGCUCAGAUGGCUCACAGGGCUGGUGUGUUUCCUCACACCACCCACACUUCCACUCAGCAGGUAGAGGCCAGAAGCUUACAGAGGAUUUAAAGAAGGGAUCUUGAAGUAAAACUUUUAGGACCUAACUGUCUGGGAAACAAAUAAAUGUCUUUUCUAACA